GCCCUUUGCCUUUCCCCCACACACACCACCACCUCAUCCCCUUCCCUCCGUUGGUCCCCGGUCCUUGUACUCCGGGCCCAUCCUGGAUGCCAUGGCAACCGUCUCUCAAGAGGGCACCUGAGGUUGUCGCGUUGGGUCAUCAGCUGGAAAGGCAGAGGAAAGGGAACUUCCGAUUAGCUUUUCUUUGCUAGAAGACACAGCAAAAUGGCGUCCAUGCUGCUUAGCCGAAGUUUCCCGGGUUCGCUGCAACAGAACUGCAAGGUAUUUGUAGCAGGCCAUCGAGGCAUCAGCCAAGCCGCAGCUAAAAUCGACGUGGACUUUGACUACGAUGGGCCACUUAUGAAGACGGAAGUGCCUGGUCCAAAAUCUAGGGAACUAAUGAAGCAGCUGAAUAGCAUUCAGAAUGCAGAAGCGGUCCACUUUUUCUGCAACUACGAGGAAAGCCGAGGGAACUACCUCGUGGACGCCGAUGGGAACCGCAUGUUGGAUCUCUACUCGCAGAUUUCUUCCAUCCCAAUAGGUUACAGCCAUCCGUCUCUGAUCAAACUCCUGCAGCAGCCUCAGAAUCUGAGCACCUUCGUCAACAGGCCCGCCUUGGGGAUCUUACCUCCGGAAAACUUUGCUGAAAAGCUAAAGGAAUCGCUGCUUUCAGUGGCUCCUAAGGGCCUUUCUCAGGUGGUGACGAUGUCUUGUGGUUCCUGUUCGAACGAGAAUGCCUUUAAAUCCAUAUUCAUGUGGUACAGGAACAAAGAAAGAGGACAGAAAAGUGUUACUAAAGAAGAACUGGAAACGUGCAUGAUCAACCAGCCACCCGGUUGCCCGGAAUACACCAUGCUCUCCUUUAUGGGAGGAUUCCACGGCAGAACCAUGGGUUGCUUAGCGGCCACACAUUCAAAAGCCAUUCACAAACUGGACAUCCCUUCCCUGGACUGGCCCAUCGCUCCGUUUCCGAGACUCAAAUACCCCCUGGAAGAGUUUGUGAAAGAGAACGCCCAGGAAGAGGCCCGCUGCUUAGAGGAGGUGGAAGACCUGAUCGUAAAAUAUAGGAAAAAGAAGAAAGUCGUCGCUGGAAUCAUCGUAGAGCCGAUCCAGUCGGAAGGAGGAGACAACCAUGCUUCGGAUGACUUCUUCAGGAAGUUGAGAGACAUUGCCAGAAAGCCGUAUCGGAUUUUCAACACGUGGCUUGGGGACCCUUCCAAGAAUCUCCUCCUCGCGGAAGUCAUUAACAUCAUUAAAAGGGAAGACCUCCUCGGCAACGCUGCUCACGCCGGGAAGGUGCUGCUGGCGGGACUCCUCGAUUUACAGAGCCGCUACCCACACCUGGUCAGCCGGGCGCGAGGAAGGGGGACGUUCUGUUCGUUCGACACUCCAAACGACGCCGUCCGGAACAAGCUCAUUGCAUUAGCCAGAAAUAAAGGUGUUGUGCUGGGAGGCAGCGGCAACCGAUCCAUCCGUUUCCGGCCCACGCUGGUCUUCCGAGACCAUCACGCGCACCUCUUCUUGAACAUCUUCAGCGACAUCUUGGCCGAUUUCAAGUAGCCGAGUCUUACCGUUGCACUGAAACAGCCCAAAUCCUAUCAGAGUCUGAGAAUAGUAUAUUUAAAAUCAUACAGUAUAUAUAUAUAUAUAUAUACUGUAUAUAUUUUCACUAAUAGAGGGGGGGGAACCUGAAGUCAUUGAAUUCUUCUUUUAAAAAAAAUAUUUGCUUGGUUCUCCCGUGCUUACCACCGAUUCAUGCUGCUUCGGCGAAAAACUCCGGACACCCUCGGACGCUUUGGGAAUAUCGUGCCAGCCUUUUUGAGUUCCCGGUGGCAGAGCCAUAAGGACUGUUCUUCUCCUUUUGAAGUGUGGUGGGCUAUCUUUCUGGGUGGGGGCUUGGCUCAGGAUUUGAAUUCCUGACAAAUUUUCAGUAGCCAAGUUUCUAGUCCUUAAGGUGGCUUUGGCUACUUGACAUGGCAUGCCCCUAAAUGCCAUUGAUCCACAGUUCUGUGUCCUUGCCAUGAAGGACCAUGAUACAGGUCGGCCCCCAAAAUCCCCACAUUCCUAAGAAGUCGGCGCACUGAGCCAAUUUUUGUCCUGCUUUUAAGCUCCUUUUCCCGAUCAAAGCUAUAUCUGCCUCGGAAACUUAUUUAAUUUUUCGGUAGUUUUCAAAGCUACCAUUUUUCUGUCACCCAUAGGAACCGUAGGGCUCAGAAAAGGAGUGUCCUCACCUUCGGGAUCUCAAGCCAGAGAUCUUUUUUUUUCACCCAGUGGCCACCCAAGUUGGGGAGGAUGGGAGUUGUUGUAGCGUUUGGGGUGGAUUCAAACGCAGGUCCGUACAACUGCUGAAUCCUGCCCGCUAGGCUAGAGCUCAGCCAGCCUCAUUUCGCUGAACAUUUACUUUGGGGCCAAAUUCAGUUCGCAGAAUGAAGGCCCAGGCUUCAGGGGGAUUAUGGGAGUGGUAGUCCUCAAAGGUAACAUUUUCGAGCUGUUUUCCAGCAUUCUGUGCUCGGGUGGCCGUUUCCUGCUCACCGACAGAAGAGGACCAAAUGAAAAAGAACACCGCUUUGCUAAAAUAUAUAUACGAUCCCAUAGAAAUGUAAAAUGAUGUCUAUAACUUAAAACACACUUUUAGUGCCGUUCAUUCGGGUGGGAAGAAGAUGGAAACCAGCUUAGGCUCACAGCCAGCUGUCCUGCCAUGGCGUGAUGUAAAAUGGGGAAUUUCAAGUCUCCCCACCCACCCAAUAUCUCCUUCCUUAGGCUUCUUUUAUCGUGAAAUCAGAGUUGGGAUUAGACAGCCCUCCCAAAAAUGCAAAACGGACCCCUUGAAACAAAGGACAGUCCUUCUGUCAAAGAGAGGGUCGCUAGGGGGAAUGUUCCGAUUUCAUUUGGAGUCCGGAUCUCAGAAUCACCCCCAUUCUGGGCGUUCCACCUGCCGGCCUCACAUCUACAAAAAUCUUAAAAGUUUUGCUCAUCUGGAGAAAAGCCGGGCCGAGAAGGGCCCACGAUGAGCGUUACCUUCCUGUUAGAAAAGGAAGCUAGGCCUAGUCUAGGCCACUGAGCCUAGGCGAGCCUAAUUUUUGGAAAACGGGCAGUUCCGGCAUCUGGACUCCAAAAUAGCCAAACGGCCCCUCCCUAAGUCGCCCUGUCCCAGCCAGGCAGCAGAUCCAGAUGUUCCCAUCAUCCUCUGGUGUGCCUCUUUCAGCCCUGAUCGGUCAAGCACA